AUGGUUUGCGAUGCCGCCAACGGACUGAGUCAUCUUCACGCCUCAGCAUGUCUGCACCGGGAUGUGGUUGUUUGUCAACACGUCGCACGUACCAUGUCAAAGUCGGCGACUUUGGGCUGGCACGACGGGGAUUCGUGGUGGACGGACGGGGGUCGCAUGUCGUCGGACCUCGUAACCACUAUCCCCCCGAGUCGCUCCAACCCCCCUUACCUGUCGCUCUACAAAGAGGCGUCCGACGUGUUUGCAUUUGGCGUGACCAUGUGGGAAACGUAUCAUGACGCCGUCGCCGUCCGGGUGUCAGACAUGCACAUUUCAACAAGCAACCUGGAGAUGGUGCGGCGAUGCUUUGCUGUCAACCCAGUCCCGACCAAGGCUGACCGCGCCAUGAAGCAGAUCCGCGAGUAG